CGUGGCGCCAGGUGGGAAUGCCAUGGCAUGAAGGAGGCGGCGACGGGCCAACGCCGCCGAAGGGUGCACCGAUGCGGAGAAUCAACGGCCCGCUAGGGGACUUGUGGAAGAAGAUGACCAAGUCGAUUCAGCAACACAGCGAACGGACCCACCACGACGCGUUGGGGCUUGAAGCGCACUCUGACUUUGAGCAUGGCCCGUGGAUCGAGAUGUGUAAUUUUGUUGGAAUUGCAGCGACAGAAGGCGAAAUCCACGGCGGUGUGGACUUAAGCCGGUUACCCAUGAACACUGAGCAAGUUGCAUUGGGUUUUCAGUCGACGGGCGUCAUUGAGCAAGACUUGAUGCUGUUGAUUCGGUCCAGCAAAUACGUCGACGAAGAGAUCGUGGCAACGUUUCAUGAUCCAUUGGGUUGCAUCGAUGGGUACUUCCAUCGCGACGUGGUCGACGCUGUUGGUGCUGCCUUGGUCAAGAACACAGGUGUCAUCUUGAGAAGCGUGACCGUGUUCAUGCCUAUCGAGCGACGGCAGCAGUACCUCAACAUUUGCCGAAGCAACAUCGUUCGAAUCUUUCCAUCGUCGUCACAACACGCCGAUGAAGUGGCUGCAUUCAACAACAAUCUAGCCGCGACAUCGGUGCACAACCCACCCGGCAGCAGUCGUUUUGUUCUGGAAGAUCCCUCUGGCGAAGCAACGACUGCGGCCGACCUCGUCGCUAUGACGCAGCGUCACGUCAUCCAUCAGAGUUAUGCACAACGCGCACCUCCAAGUGGAGGACGCAGGGGCAAGCAAAAAUGGGCAUGGAGGUCUUUUGUCCCCAAGAAAAAGAAACAAAAGCAGAUUAGCCAAGACGACGCCUCACCACAACAACCAUCUCUGUCAUCGUCGGAGAGCUCUGCCAGUCCCAAACGCACACCUCGCCCACCUCGUCCAACCCCAUCAGCAAUUCCUCAAGCUCCUCGUGCUAUUGUAGCCCCACCGACGGCACGUCCGCCCGGGGCACACGCACCAGUCCCCGAUACCCGACCAGCGGUGUCUAUUCAGGAAGCUUUAGUUCCACGACCGCCAAGUCCUGUUCACGUAGCCAAGCCCCAUCCCGUGGUUUCAGCGGUGCGGCCACCACCUCCGUUACCAUCCCCAAAGGAUUCCCACGUUGGGGCGCAAGACGUCAUCUCGCAGGCGGUCGACGCAGUGCUCAACGAUGACGACUGGUGACUCGAUAAUAAAUACACUUGUACGACGGACGACUCACCGAGGUAACUACCGAUCCUGGAGCUCUUGACAUUCU